GGCGGCGGGCACAGGGAACUUGGUGUGUUUUCUUUUUAUUUUUUUGUUAGCCUACCCCAGUAACCGGCUGGGGCAUCCCCACAUCCCCCCUUUCCUACCCCUCCGAGGAGAUUUGGGUUUAAACUUUGGCUUUUUUGCGGAGCCCCGAAAAUGCCUUUCCACCCAGUGACGGCGGCUUUGAUGUACCGGGGGAUCUACACCGUCCCCAACAUCCUCUCCGAGCAGCACCCGGUGGAGAUCCCCGAGGAUGAGCUGGAGGAGAUCCGUGAAGCCUUCAAGGUGUUUGACCGGGAUGGCAAUGGGUUCAUCUCCAAGCAAGAGCUGGGGACAGCCAUGCGCUCCCUGGGCUACAUGCCCAAUGAGGUGGAGCUGGAGGUCAUCAUCCAACGCCUUGACAUGGAUGGUGAUGGGCAGGUGGACUUUGAGGAGUUUGUGACGUUACUGGGACCCAGGCUGUCCAACUCCAGUGUCCCAGAGAAGUUCAAUGGCACCAACUUCGAUGCCGUCUUCUGGAAGUGUGACCUGCAGAAGCUGACAGUGGACGAGCUGAAGCGGCUGCUGUACGAGACCUUCUGUGAGCACCUCUCCAUGAAGGACAUCGAGAACAUCAUCAUGACAGAGGAGGAGAGCCACAUGGGCACUGCUGAGGAGUGCCCCGUCGAUGUGGAGACCUGUUCCAGCCAGCAGAUCCGUCAGACGUGCGUGCGCAAGAGCCUGAUCUGCGCCUUCGCCAUCGCCUUCAUCAUCAGCGUGAUGCUCAUCGCUGCCAACCAGGUCCUGCGCAGUGGCAUGAAAUAG